AUGCGGGAUGAUGUGGGUCUGCCGAGUGGGUGGCCCCGGACGAAACGAAUCCAGGGUUCUGGGAGAAGUGGAGGGUUGGGAGUCUGCCACUUGAAGGUGCUCCAUCAGCUUCGAGGCUUCGGCACCAUCCGGGCCCGGCCUCCGGGAGAAUGGAGCCCGCCCCUGGCAGUCCCCGCCCCCUCCCCGAGGCCGGAGAGCCGGCCCAGUUCAUCCAGAGGGCUUGGAGUACUCAGCGCCCAGCCCUCUGGGAACUGGGUGGCCCUGUGCACUGACGCGUCCGAGCGCACGGCUUGCCUGGUAUGGACUGGAGUAUUACUUAUCGGAGCUGCGUCUGACACCGGCCCGACACCUCGUAAAAUAAGGAACUGCGCCUCCCGGCCUCACCCGGCGCCGCCCGCCAGGCCGCCAGGCCGCCAGGCCGCGGAAGUCGGAGCGGAGGAAGCCGAGCCAGCCGCAGCGCGCAGUGUGGCCCGGCCUUUCCAAGCGCCGAGGGGUUCCCAGCCGGAAAGACAGAAACCGCCGGCGUCCCGGGAUGUGGCAAACCGCGCCGAUGCCCGGGACCCAACCGGGAAGGGAGAAACAAAGCCGAGUCGCCUCCCCUGGGCAGCCGGGAACCGAAAGUGGGUCCGCAGAGAGGCCAGAGUGCAGAGGGAACAGGUCGGCAAAGGCCCCAGGCAGGGAUGGCACUCCGGCCGAAGGCGGCGGGGGUCUGGGGGGGUCCCAAGCCUUAACGAAUUUCGACUGGAGAAUGGGUGUAGGGCCCACAGCCCCUCACACGAUCCAUGCCAUACUCACGCGUACCCCGCGACGCGGAGAAGAAACAGAUACGCAAUGCACACGCCUUGCUCCCACGGAACGCACGCGUGGGCGCGCACACCACACACAGCCGCACCCCGAGGCAGGCCCGACAGGCGCCCGCUAAGGGGCCUUGGGGUUCGAGGAACUGUCACAUCACAGGUUUGCGAGGCAGCCUCCGAGGCCCGGGUCCCAAGCCACCGCCUCCGUGAAGCCCUCACCAGUCUGGAGACCGAAACCAUCUCUCCGCAUUUUGCAAAGUUGCACUUUCCUGCUGCUCGGUCGGGGUCUCCUAUUGGCGCCCGGGAUGGGGGGUGCUGCGAGUCUUGCCCACCAGACUGGGAGCGCCUUGAGGGCAGGAACCGGAUCGGAUUCGUUUCAAUUUCCCCAACCGCCCCCCGUGCGGCCUGGCGCAGAAAAGACGCACAAUAA